UAAAUCAUUCUCUAUUUACUGACUUUUGUUCUAGGACAUAUCUUUUCACACAUUAAAUGGUCGAUCAAGAUAUGCUUGAUACAUUUACGAAACCUGAACCCAGCCUAGUAUAUAACACACACGUCUGCUCCUUUUUUCCGAGAUAUAUCAGUGAAGACACCCUCUCUUUUGUAGGGCUCUUGGCUUUCUCUGCCUGCCUUCCCACUCUCUCUUUGCCCUUUCCAGUUGUCUAUGACCCCAUCUUUUUCACCACCGUCCCUCUUCUUCCUCCGCUAGCCACUAUACACACUCUCCUGCUCGUUCCCAAUUCCCCCCGUCUCCGCCGUCGGAACUCGGAAGCCGUAAGUCAUGUCCUUCCUUGCGACACUCAUUGUAUCUGUGUGAGAAGAGGAAGAGACGGGGGAGGAGCAUACACCGGGAGAGAUGGGCGCACAAGCAAGAAUUCUCCAAUCUAGCCCCUGAAUUGCUCUUGUAGAGUACUUGCUGGUAGGAGUACAUAUAUACCUCUAGUGUAGGAGAAGAGGGAGAGAAGACUUGUGGGAAUUGGAAGGAAGGUGGUGCGGGGGUGGAGGCGGCGGCCAUGCAGCAUCCCGAGCAGGGUGGCGCCGGGUACCCGUACGGGCCGCCGCUUACGGGGAUGGCUCCGUUCUUGCCGCAGCCGGCAUCCGCUACCGUGUCCGUCAGCAGCAUCAUCCCGUCGCCGUCGCCGACGCAGCAGGCGCAGCCAGCGGGGACGAAUUUCGAGCAAUUGCCAGCCGCUGGCCCCGGCGGCGGCGCUGGCGCCGUCAGCUUCCACGAGGACGACGACAUGCCGGUCGACGGCGGGAGCGGCAGGAGCGCCUUGGACGCGGGGGCGGGAGGGUCCGGCAGCCGGUGGCCGCGCGAGGAGACGGUGGCGCUCAUCAGGAUCCGGUCGGAGAUGGACGCCGCCUUCCGCAACGCCGCCCUCAAGGCCCCCGUCUGGGAGGAGGUCUCCAGGAAGCUUGCGGAGCUGGGCUACUGCAGGAGCGCCAAGAAGUGCAAGGAGAAGUUCGAGAACGUGGACAAGUACUACCGCCGCACCAAGGAGGGCCGCGCCGGCCGUCAGGACGGCAAGAACUACCGCUUCUUCGAGGAGCUCGAAGCGCUUCACGCCGCGGCCCCGCAGCACAACCACCCAAUGGCCACCGCCACGACAAUCUUGCCGGAUCCUCGGCCGUUGGCAAUGGCGCCUGCAUAUCCUGCCGCCGGCCUGCCGGACCUCAGCUUGUCAUCCAACUCGGAGUCAGAGUCGGACGACGGGUCAGACGAAGGGGAAGACCAGGCGGGCGGCGGCGGCAGGAGCAACGAGAGCAUGAUGGCGCUCUUCGAGGGGAUGAUAAAGCAGAUCACGGAGAAGCAAGACGCGACGCAGCGACUGUUCCUGGAGACGCUCGAGAAGUGGGAGGCCGACCGCACCGCGCGAGAGGAGGCAUGGCGGCGGCAGGAGCUGGCCCGCAUAAGCCGCGAAAGAGAGCAGCACGCCCGGGAGCGAGCCGCCGCGGCCGCCCGCGACGCCGCCCUGAUCGCGUUCCUCCAGCGCGUCGGCGGGAACUCCGUGCUGCCCACGCCAAUGCCGGCGCCUCAUCCCGACGCGCCGGCCGCCUCGCUCCAGCUGGUGGUCGCGGCGUCGGAGGAGGGCGGCCGGCGAGAGAGCGGCGCGGGCAUGUCACGGUGGCCCAAGGAGGAGGUCCAUGCGCUGAUCCAGCUGCGGAUGGAGAAGGACGAGCACUGCCAGGACAUGGGGGCCAAAGGCCCGCUGUGGGAGGACAUCUCCGCCGGCAUGCGAAGGAUCGGCUACAACCGGAGCUCCAAGCGGUGCAAGGAGAAAUGGGAGAACAUCAACAAGUACUUCAAGAAGGUCAAGGAGAGCAACAAGAGGCGCCCCGACGACUCCAAGACGUGCCCCUACUUCCACCAGCUCGACGCUAUCUACCGCAAGAAGCAAUUCGCCGUGGCCAACGCCGGCGGCGGCUGCUCUGGCACUGCCUCCGGGAACACUCUUGCCGCGGUCAACGCCGCCGCCUCCGAGAAGGAGAACCACCCCUGGCGCGAGCUCGAGGGUAAGGUCAGCAACGACUUCGGAAGGAGGUACAGAGUUGGAGGAGGAAGCUCAGAUGCCCCGCCCGGCGACGCCGAGAUGGCUGCGGCCAGCACCGUGCUUGAUGCCGUCGGUACAAGCAAGUCCGAAGACAACAUGCAGUCAAUGGAGCCAAACAUGCAGUCCCAGCAGAAGGAGCUUACGGCGACGGACGAGACGGACAGCGACGACAUCGAAACGAACUACACCGACGACGGCGACGAUGACGACGACGGCGAAGACGGCAACGAGGAUGACAAAAUGAAGUACACCAUAGAGUUUCAGAAGCACAAAGAGAGCGGAAGCAGCAGCGCUCCUGCCCCAGCGACGGUGGUGACGAGCUCGGCCCCGACAAGCAGCACCUUCCUCGCCGUUCAGUAGACGCCCGUGCCGAAAGAGAAGCAGGCAUCAGCUUCCUCUUGGGUUCAUGAGCCCCACCAACAUCCUAUACCAUUUGUUGAUUUGUUUCUGUAAUAGCAACUUCAGUGGUCAAAAGACAAAAAAAGAAACCAAACCCGAAAUAAGUGGCUCCCCUCUGUGAUUUCAUAAUCAGACUGAAAAACAGGGGAGGUGCUGGAGCAAUAGAACUCCCAGACAGCAGGUAUUUCUUAUAGGAGGCUUAUUAUAGCCUGAAUUUUACCAUUUAUGUACAUUGAUAUAGCAUUCUGAAAAUCGGAGCCGCUGUUUUGCCUA